UCUCUCUCUGCUAUAUAUAUUUGUCAAAAUCAGGAACAAAAAAUUCCACCAAGGAACCAGAAAAAGCGGGAAGGGAACCUACAGUUUUCCAAACCCACAAAAAAAGGCAACUGCUCCCCUACUCUACUUCUUCUUCUACUACUACUAGUAUUUAUAUUUCCAUCUUGAACCAAAAAAAAAAAAAAAAAAAUAAAUUGAUACCCAAAAAGUAAAAAACAAUGGCCAAAGAGCAACAAGAGGAAGGCCCUGUAAUCAUCAACGCUUUCCAGAGAGAAGAGGAAGACAAGGACUUUGAUCUUGGACCCGACGAACCUGAACUCCCAUUGCCCCUCGCCGUCACUUCAAAGGUGUUGUAUAUGUUGGGGGACAUUGCAGCAGGUCCCGCGUAUAGGUUCACAAAAUGGUUGGAAGUGGUUCGUAGACGCAGUGGGAGAUACCGCUCCUCUGGCUUCCCCCACCGUGCUCAGCACGGACUCGAUUCUAUGCCCUCCUUGACCUCAAGUACAGGAGAUUUGAUUUCUGAUUCAGAAAGUUCUCUGCAUUCUGAGCAAGCUCCAGAAAUCAGUUUGUGGGAGAGACUUGGUAAAGCUGCUAUGUUGGACAUUGAGUCAAAUUCCUUUUCUUGGGACAUGCUUUCUUCACUUCACCACACUGAACAUAGUAGUGGCACUGAACAUUCUGAGGAUGAAAUGAAUAAAGCCUUGGAGGUCACCAUAAAUUCUGGGGGUGUUGUUUUUUUUGCUCUAUUCAACCAUCCUGUGUUUGAUGAAUCUUCCCCCAAGGAAGCAGCUGCUGUUAUCAAAAUAUCAUCUUCAAGGAUGGCCACACAGUCAGAACGCCUCGGAUAUGAAUUUGCAAAGUGGCUAGGAGUCCGAACUCCACAAGCCAGAGUUGUUCACAAUUGUAGUCCGGAAUGGUUGCGGAUCAAGGAAGCAGCAGAGAAAGCAAGAGUUGCUGCAACUCUAGAAGGAGAUGAAAUUGGUGAAUUGACAUGUUCAGAACUUUUGGAAGCUCUUGAGCUUAGCCGGUGUCUUUUUCUGAUGAAUUACAUACAUGGAUCUCCUCUAUUGGAUAGCUCCAAUGCAUUUGAUUCACAAGAAGCUGCAGAGAAGACAGCGGCAGCCCUUGGCAGGAUCUUGACAUUGGAUCUAAUCAUCAGAAAUGAAGAUAGGCUUCCUUGUCAUCAGCUCAGAUGGCGUGGAAAUUCUGCAAAUUUAUUGUUAGCUGACAAAAUGGCAUCAACAAAUAUGAAUAUAUUGGAGGAAAGCUUUGAUUCGGCAAUCAAGAGAUAUAGACCAAGAGUAAUUCAGGCUCUUGAGAAAGAACGAAGAUCGACUUCAUUUGAUAGCAGAUUGAAUCUUAACUCUGGAUUGGUAUCUCAGAGCUCUGAUCUUUCAGAUGUCACAGAAUCGCCAAAAUCUAGCAAUAUAAGCCUAAAAAGUCAAUCUUCGAAUGCUUCAACAUUGGCUGAUUGUAAUGUUGUGGCCAUUGACUCUGGUGUUCCACGUCGACCGCCUGCUGGCAAGCGUGUAAAUGACCAAGAAAAUUACCCUAAGCUGGUUGAGCUCCUCAUCAACAGUUCUGACUACUCCUCAAAUCUGUUAUAUGAGAUAACCAGAGGGAAAUUAGGAUCACCACCAGAUGAUGCUGAUGUAAUGACAGAUUUGCAUUUGACUGACAUAACUUCAGUUGUUCAUGAAUUUCAGCGUGGAUUCCGUUCUGCUCUAAGGGACUUGCAGGGAUUUCAGAUAUUCCUACUUACACUUCACCAAAAACUGGAUAGCCUGUUACGAGUAUUUAUGGAUACUGUAAAUAGAACUUCCUUGGGGGAAUAUGACAAAGAGGAUUUAGUGGUUUCAGAGUCACCACCACAUGUUGCAGGGAUAGGUGUUCAUUGUCCGUCUCCACCAAAUAAGGAAAGGGUUAUUAACAACAACCAUUCUGAUGUACAUGAUCCGGAGUUGCUGAGGACAGCUCCAAGGCUGUCAUCUUCAGGAUGCAAAGAAAGCCCUGACUCUGGUUCUUCCAUCUCUUCCAUCUCACGAGAUGGUUGGCAUGGAAAGUUCAACAAAGGGAGUGCGGAAACACUUCGUAGCUUGCGUAUGACAUCAAAGCUCCGUGACUUCCACAAAUUUGCCAAGGUUGAUGUGGAACUAAACAAAGAAUUGGAACAAUGGAAUGAAAUUCUUAGAAAUGAUGCUCUAAAACUAUGCCAGGAGAACAAUUUCAAUACUGGAUUUUUUGAGGGCAGUGAUAAUAACAGUGUUGUUGAUGCAUAUGAGUUGAAGGUCAGACUUGGGCACACUCUUGAGAGGAUAGCAUUAGUAUCGGAUGCUGCAAAUACAGAGAAACCAUCAUCAAUUUCAUGUAGCCUCUUCAUUGGUGGGGCCCUGGCUGCGAGAUCUGUUUACACACUGCAGCAUUUGGGAAUCACACAUAUAUUGUGCUUGUGCUCUAAUGAAAUUGGGCAGUCAGAUUCUCAGUAUCCUGACUUAUUUGAGUACAAAAAUUUUGCUGAACAGAUAUGUGAUGAGGAAGAUGCAAACAUCAGUAGUAUCUUUGAAGAAGCGCAUGAUUUUAUUGAUCAUAUUGAACAAACAGGCAGGAAGGUUCUGGUUCAUUGCUUUGAAGGGAGAAGUAGAAGUGCAACAGUAAUUCUGGCUUACUUAAUGCUCAGAAAGAACUUGACUCUUCUGGAAGCAUGGAAUAGACUGAAAAAAGUUCACCGGCGAGUGCAUCCCAAUGAUGGGUUUGCUAAGAUUCUCCUGGAACUGGAUAAGAAGCAGCAUGGGAAGGUCUCCAUGGAAUGGCAACAGAGGAAACCAAUGAUGAAAGUGUGCCCAAUCUGCGGGAAGAAUGCUGGGUUGAGCAGUAGCUCACUCAAGCUCCAUUUGCAAAAAGAGCACAAGAGGCUGUCGUCAGGGAGUGUGGACAGUGCCAUGACGAUGGAAAUACAGAAGGCUUUGACUGCACUCAAGAUGAGUCAUGGUGGAAGUGUAAGCCAAUGGUAAGCUUCCAUUUGUCUGUGAAGUUAGAAACCAGGGAGCUACUCUUCGGAUAUACUGGAUAUACGUAUCAUACGUGUAAAUAUCCAUCACUGAAGAUAGUACAUUUGUUGACCACUAAAAUCUGUGUAGUUGACCACUGUAUGUACACCUGUAUGUACACUUUUUACAUUGUUACACAAGAUGAUAUUGUGAGAUAGAUUAUUCCCUUGGCAUGUAUGUUCUAGUGUCUCCAAACAGUGUAUUCAUAAGAAUCUUGAUUCUCAAUCCUUGAACUGCAAUAAAGUUGAAUUUCUUCAAAA